AAUUAAUUGUUUUUAAGUGUUGUUCAGGAGGGAAGCAGCCGCGUGUGAGGUACGUGAUGGUGGAGGCGACACCGGGGCGUCUCUUCCCACACCCCCUCCACGACAGAUGCUCCCGCCCUAACACGACAUAAUGCCGCCCUGGAACACCACGGACGCCGCCCUCCACGACCCGUCGCUGGCGCCGGCCGUCUGGGCGCUGACGCUGGGCUUGGUGAUGGGCGGGCUGGUGGCGGUCUCCGGCAGCGUUUGUAACCUGGGGGCGGUGGCGGUGCUGCUGAAGGAGGCUUCGCGGAGAAGAUCUCGGCAGCUGAUGGUGGUGACGGCGGACUCCAUAUUACUUCUGCAGCUGGCUGUGGUAGACCUGCUCUACUGCUCCGUCACGCUGCCGCUCCUCAUGGCCACCUACCUCCAGCCGCAGUUUCAUCCUCCCGCCUUCUGCGCCGCCGCCGGCUUCAUCAGGAUUGCCAACUCCAACGUGGAGUUCAAUACCUUGGGUCUAGUUGCUCUUGAGAGGUUCUACAACAUUAAACGCGGUAGGAGUUCAGGCGGGCUCUUCUCCGUCAGGUUGACCCGCCUCUACUGCUCCGGGUUGUGGGUUCUAGCUCUUGGCUUCCAACUUCCUUUCAUAAGAACUGGGCAAUACGGGUUCAACGAGCGGACGCACCGGUGUGACAUCAUGGUGGGGUGGUGGACGAGGUGCGCGCUGGUGAUGGGGGAGGCGGUGCUGCCCCUCGCCGUCAUCCUCACCUGCUACCUGGCCAUCCUGCGCCAGGUACGGCGCUCCAAGGCCCUCAUGGCCAAGUACAUGGACGGUCACCACCCCAGGAGUAGUGGCGAGGAAGGUGGGCUGGUUCGCCGGUACAGGGUAGCCUCCCGCACGCUGUUGGGGCUGGUGAUCCUGUACGCUGUGUGCAUCCUUCCCAUCGUUGUCUUGAACAUCGCUGGCGAGUUUGGUCGCUGGAAGGAGGUUGGCAUCGUGUUCCACUGCUUCUACUGGCUACAGUACAUCGCCAACACCUUAAUAUAUGUCAUGAGCAACGUCAGAUACAGGAUGGCUCUAAGGGGCUUCCUCCGUGGCAUCUUCGCUAGUCGAAAGGCGAACAAGAAACGCAUUACCGCCAUUGAAUGGGACCACUUCAACUCUUCUUACAAUAUUAAAAAAUCCAUUGACAGUGAAAUUGCUAUCACCUUUAACAAAGACCAUUGCAAGAAUCAUAUUAGAUACUGAGUGGUUGUUAGCUCCAGUACUGAGCGCCAGGCUGUCGUGACUACCAUUGUCAAACACCAUUCUCGUGUACAUGCAAGUUUCAUUGUCAAAAUAAAAAAAAAUAUUUUUACAAGUGUCUAAAUUUUGUGUUGUAGAAAAUAGAAGAAAUGUCAAUGCGACAUUUUGUUACCUCGAAACAAUACUCGAAUGCACAAUGGAAUCACAAAAACGUGAUAAAUUUAUGUGAAAAUCUUUGGAGCAGGACGGUGGGAUCGAACCAGCGUCCUUGGGUGACCCAGAACGCUGGGUCGACCGAGGGACAUGCACUGUGUUAUGCAUGUGUGACAUGUCACAGUGAAGUAUAUGGUGUCUCACUUCUAAUAUUAAAAAAAUAUGUUGUUUAAUUAUUGAGGAAUUGUCACAAUGAUUCAUUGUACUACAGGCUUAACAUGUAUGUUAAUUCAUUAGUAAAUACACUGUUCUUCACGAAAGCUAUGCUAAUGUUAUCAUAUAUACUGUGUUGUCCUUUAGACGUUUAAAUAAGUGUACUUAACUAUGUGUGAUUAUCAAAGAGCUGCACUAUUAAAACACAUGUCUACACGAAGACGAAACUGGACAAUAAUCAUUCCAUCAAACAACACUUCAGAAAAGCUCUCCACUACUUUGAAUGCUGUUUAGAAAACAUGUAUUACUUUAGUUAUUUAAAGAGAAAAUUCUACUUCAAAAGUUUCAGACCUUUACGACUGUUCCUUAACUGUUACUUAAUUAUCAGUAGUGGACAACAUCCCAUCCUCAUAGUUAGAUAGUAAUUUUUGUUACUAUGUGCACCAUAGUACAAAUAUUGAUGUACUAAGCAAUUAGAUGGUACAAUUUAGUUCCAUUCACUUUAUAGUCCGAAAAAAUAAAACCUAAAAAGCAUACUUCAAUAUUCCUAGGCCCAGUAUAGCACAUGUAUGUACUAUAUUAGGCCUGGGAAGGUUAGUUUAGGUUAUCUUUGCAACAUCAAUACAAAACCAUUUCCGGUUUGUCCAAACUCAAUAGUAACGAUAUCUACUUUCUAAUUGUCCAUUACGUCACAUAUGUACUGUUCUAUGACCCUCAUUGUUACCAUAAGUACUAUCUAAACAGGAGGAUGGGCUGUAUAGCCAGUUCAGUCUGUCCAGCUCCCAUGUGCGUCAUAUAUGUAUAUAUUUUUGUUUAUAUAAAUUGUUCACCACACAUAAUAUCUCGAUGCGUCUCCGUCAACACCACGGCAUGUUAUAUGUUUGGAAUGAAUUGUUAUUCUCUAAUAGAAUCACAGUAUGUUGAAUUGGGGGCUUCCACCUUCAAUGUUAACAAGCUAUGAUACACAAUUCGGGUUUAUCUUGUUCAGUGAUCCUGUUGCCCUUUACAUCUAUUGUGCAUGUUCCAUGAUUUAAAGACGGGUUGUGUAGAGAGUGAGUCCUAAGAGAAGGUGAGGGCGGGAGAGGGAAAAGUUAUUAAGAUCAACAACCAGACCAGACCUUCCCAGGCCUAAUAUAGUACAUACAUGUGCUAUACUGGGCCUAGGAAUAUUGAAAUUUGGUUUUUAGCUUUAUUUUUUCGGUCUAUAAAGUGAAUGGAACUAAAUUCUACUAUCUAAUUGCUUAGUACAUCAAUAUUAAGAUCCAGACAACACUCAGCCCCCUUGUUUAACUCCCUAAACAUGCUAAACAUAAUCUCACUCCACAAAUUCUCUUGUGUC